AUGGGAACUGUAGAGGUAGAGGCACCACCAAGCAAAGACCUCCUCGACAUAGAUGAAGAAGAGCUCUCUCCAAUAGAACAAGUCCGUUUAACAGUACCCAACACUGACGACCCGUCUCUCCCAGUAUGGACUUUCAGGAUGUGGUUCUUGGGCAUUCUCUCUUGCUGUCUCCUUUCUUUUUUGAACCAAUUCUUUGCUUAUCGAACUGAGCCUCUUAUCAUCACCCAGAUUACCGUCCAGGUGGCAACUCUCCCCAUCGGACGCUUUUUAGCUUCUGUGUUACCUAAAACCCAGUUUACCAUUCCUGGUUUUGGGAGUAGAGAGUUCUCUCUUAAUCCUGGGCCGUUUAACAUGAAAGAACAUGUUUUGAUUUCGAUAUUUGCUAAUGCUGGUAGUGCUUUUGGGUCUGGUUCAGCCUAUGCUGUUAGUAUUGUUAACAUUAUCAAGUCCAAGGCGUUUUACGGAAGGAAUAUCUCCUUCUUCUCUGCUUGGGUCCUCAUCAUCACCACACAGGUUUUAGGGUAUGGUUGGGCUGGGCUAUUUAGGAAGUACGUGGUGGAACCAGCUCAUAUGUGGUGGCCUAGUACCCUUGUUCAAAUCUCUCUUUUCAGGACAUUGCAUGAACAGGAAGACAAAAAUGAGCACCGUAUCUCGCGAGUGAAAUUCUUUGCCAUCGCAAUGACAUCUAGCUUUCUCUGGUAUUUGUUGCCAGGGUACCUCUUCCAAACAUUACAAUCCGUUGCUUGGGUUUGCUAUGCUUUUCCACAUUCAGUCACUGCCCAACAAAUAGGGUCUGGGAUGAGAGGGCUAGGAAUCGGAGCCUUGACAUUGGACUGGUCAACAGUAGCUUCCUACUUGUAUAGCCCUCUGCUUACUCCCUUCUUCGCCAUUGUAAAUGUCUUCGUAGGGUAUGCACUGAUAAUGUACGUCGUAACUCCAAUAUCAUACUGGGGACUGAAUGUAUAUGAUGCCAAAACAUUUCCCUUUUUUUCAUCGCACUUGUUCGAUGCUCAAGGUGCAUUGUACAACAUUACAGCAGUUGUUAACGACAAGUUCGAGUUAGAUUUGGCACAGUAUGAUAAGCAUGGGCGGGUUCAUUUGAGCACAUUCUUCGCUCUUACCUACGGAUUUGGAUUUGCCACUAUUGCAGCCACUCUUUCUCAUGUGGCUUUGUUCUAUGGAAGGGAAAUUUAUGAUCGUUACCGGGCCUCUUCUAGGGGAAAGGAGGAUAUUCACACGCGACUAAUGAAGAACUACAAGGACAUACCUUCCUGGUGGUUUCACGUGCUUCUAGCCGUGACAUUACUAAUCGCCCUUUUCCUCUGCAUCUUCUUGAAAAAGGAAGUUCAAAUGCCAUUUUGGGGACUUCUGUUCGCAGCUGCCCUUGCCUUCAUAUUCUCCCUUCCUAUCAGCAUUAUUACUGCCACCACAAAUCAGACACCAGGGCUGAAUAUCAUUACUGAGUACGUGAUGGGAAUCGUAUAUCCUGGGAGACCUAUAGCCAAUGUUUGCUUUAAAACCUAUGGCUAUAUGAGCAUGGCUCAGGCAAUUUCCUUUCUUAGUGACUUCAAGCUAGGACAUUAUAUGAAGAUUCCUCCAAGGUCCAUGUUCCUGGUUCAGUUCAUUGGAACCAUAAUAGCUGGAACAAUCAACCUUUGUGUGGCGUGGUGGCUUCUGAAUAGUGUUGAACAUAUAUGCCAAGAUAACCUCCUUCCAGCAAAUAGUCCUUGGACUUGCCCCAAUGACCGUGUGUUCUUCGAUGCAUCUGUCAUCUGGGGUUUGGUUGGACCUAAGCGAAUUUUUGGCCCCCUCGGAGAAUACUCAGCGCUAAACUGGUUCUUCCUGGGAGGACUGUUGGGGCCAUUUAUUUUAUGGCUACUCCACAAGGCAUUCCCUAGGCAAUCUUGGAUACCACUAAUUAAUCUACCUGUGCUCCUGGGAGCAACAGCUGCUAUGCCACCAGCCACAGCAAUAAACUUCAACUCGUGGAUUUUAGUUGGAACAAUCUUCAAUUUUUUCAUCUUCAGGUACAGAAAGAACUGGUGGCAGAGAUAUAACUAUGUUCUAUCAGCAGCUCUUGAUGCAGGAGUUGCAUUCAUGGCAGUCUUUAUUUAUGUAACAGUAGGGAUCGAAAAUAAGAACUUGUACUGGUGGGGUUCUAACCCUGAUGAGUUUCCGGAGCACUGUCCUCUAGCAACUUGCCCCACCGCAAAGGGUAUCUCGGUUGAUGGGUAUCCUGAAUCGUACCCGACGUGCCAAAACAAACUUCCCUCUCUCCUCGAUACCCUCCAGAAAACUACCUCAUUCUCACUCUCAGAUAUCUUCACGGCCCUUUGCCUUACAAUGGGUUCUCUUGAAAUAGAAGGCGGCGCAGGGAAAUCGCAAAACCAGAACAUCAACCAAACCGAAGAAGAAGACGACGUGUCUCCCAUUGAGGAGGUCCGUCUAACCGUCCCAACACACGACGAUCCUACACUUCCAGUAUGGACCUUUCGGAUGUGGUUCCUUGGAAUAGCCUCCUGCAUAAUUCUAUCCUUCCUCAAUACUUUCUUUUCCUACCGGACGGAACCUCUCACAAUCUCUAUGAUCUCCGUCCAGGUUGUGACUCUCCCUAUCGGUCGCUUCAUGGCCAAAACCUUGCCUACUACCAAGUUCAGGAUUCCUGGAUUUGGUGAUCGCCAGUUUUCGCUUAAUCCCGGACCUUUUAAUAUUAAAGAGCAUGUGCUUAUUUCGAUUUUUGCUAAUGUGGGGAGCUCGACUGCCUACGCUGUUGGUAUUAUUGAUAUAAUCAUGGCUUUUUAUAGAAGGAAGAUUUCGUUUUUGGCUAGUUGGAUUCUUGUUUUAACUACUCAGAUGUUGGGGUAUGGAUGGGCUGGGAUAAUGAGGAAGUAUGUAGUGGAUCCAGCGGAGAUGUGGUGGCCGCUUAGUCUUAUGCAAGUUUCUCUCUUCAGGGCUCUGCAUGAGAAAGAAAACAACCGCAUGUCACGAGGGAAAUUCUUCUUGAUUGCGCUAAUCUGUAGCUUCUCAUGGUAUGUGUUUCCCGGCUACCUUUUCCCGGCUAUUGGAACCGUUUCAUGGGUCUGCUGGGCAUUCCCUAAGUCGGUAACAGCUCAGCAGCUUGGCUCGGGAAUGAGAGGACUUGGUAUUGGAGCUUUCGGACUUGACUGGUCUGUUAUAGCCUCGUUCCUUGGCAGCCCACUCAUCACCCCAUUCUUUGCCGCUGUCAAUGUCCUUGUGGGCUAUGCUGCAUUUAUGUAUAUAGUACUCCCAAUAUCAUAUUGGCGUUUUGAUGUCUACAAUGCUAAGACGUUUCCAAUUUUCUCUUCACAUUUAUUUGACAUCAAAGGACAGCCGUAUAAUGUAUCUGCCAUAGUUAACAACAACUUUGAGCUAGAUCUGCCCGCAUUUCAGAAGCAAGGAAACAUAAAUUUGAGCGUGUUCUUUUCGCUGACGUAUGGGAUAGGUUUUGCUGCCAUUAUGUCCACCCUCACCCAUGUGCUCGUGUUUAAUGGAAAGGAAAUAUGGCAAGAGUUUCGAGCUUCAUACAAAGGAAAGAUGGAUGUUCACACAAGAUUAAUGAAGAAGUAUAAGGACAUUCCUGGCUGGUGGUUCCACCUGAUGCUACUGCUGUCUUUUUCACUCUCUCUCGUGAUGUGCAUUUUUAUGAAGGACCAAAUCCAAAUGCCAUGGUGGGGGCUCAUCUUUGCCGCAGGCCUUGCUUUGAUUUUUACCCUUCCAGUUAGUGUCAUAACUGCCACAACAAAUCAGACGCCAGGGUUAAACAUCAUCACGGAGUACAUUAUGGGUCUCAUAUACCCUGGUAGACCAAUAGCCAAUGUCUGCUUCAAAACCUUUGGGUAUAUAAGCAUGUCUCAAGCCAUUUCCUUUCUCAGCGACUUCAAACUAGGUCAUUACAUGAAGAUUCCACCAAGAUCUAUGUUUAUAGUGCAGUGCAUAGGUACUCUGAUAAAUGGAACACUGAAUACCGUAGUGGCAUGGUGGAUGCUGACUGGCAUUGAGAACAUAUGCCAGGACCAGCUACUCCCUCCAAACAGUCCAUGGACAUGUCCUGGUGAUCGAGUUUUCUAUGAUGCAUCUGUCAUUUGGGGUUUGAUUGGACCUGCUCGAAUCUUUGGUCGACUUGGAAACUACGCAGCGCUCAAUUGGUUCUUCCUUGGAGGCAUGCUUGGACCUGUUCUGGUAUGGGGUCUGCACAAACUUUUCCCCAAGCAGAAAUGGAUUUCGUUAAUCAAUCUUCCGGUACUUUUGGGAGCAACAGCUAUAAUGCCGCCAGCUACAACAGUAAACUUCAAUUCCUGGAUUGUGGUUGCAAUAACUUUCAACUACUUCAUAUUUAAGUACCACAAGAUUUGGUGGCAAAGGUACAACUAUGUUCUUUCUGCUGCCUUGGAUGCUGGUUUGGCUUUCAUGGGAGUUCUUCUGUACUUCAGUCUGACAAUGAAGGACAUCAGCAUAGACUGGUGGGGUGCUGGUGAGAACUGUCCCCUUGCUGCAUGCCCAACUGCCAAAGGUGUUAUUGUUGAUGGAUGUCCUGUUUAUUAG